ACGAAACGGGGUGUAGGUCUUGCGCAGAAGAGCAACUCCGGUUGUUGCUCUGUAAAAUUGAAAUUGUCAAGCAGAAAAAGUGAUUAUGGGGAGGAGUGUAUUCAUGUAAGCCGACAAAUAAUCUGUUUUGUGCAAACAAAUUUGUCGAUUAUGGAGACGUUAAUCCGACGUAAAUGCAUCUAACAUGCAGAAUUUCAAAAGGCACAAAUAGGAUGCAUACUCCCCAAAAACUCAUAUUUAUCAGCUAGACGGAGAUUUCCCAUCUCUGUAUCAGGGCUCAAAAAAUAAAACCAAAAAUGAUGGAAGACAAAAAGGGUCCAAGAUUUGGCGGAUCAAAAGUUUCGGAGAUCGCGAACAUUUUUCAAGCGAUGACUCCAAUUCCGAAGGAAACCGAGGUCGUAAUAAAUCCAGCACGAAAAAGAUACAGCAGCCACAAUUCUACAGAAAAGGUAGACGCGGACGCGGCAAACAUUACUGUCAUAAGGACCGAAUCGCACGUAACACGGUUCAAUAACGCCAGAGCAAUGUUCGAGAAAUUGGGGGAAGAAAAUCGGAAAGAUAGAGUCAUUCCACUACAAUCAACCAGAAGCGCUUCCAAUAUUCUGGAUGCCAGAUCUCGCAGUUCGUCUGCGAAUAGCGAAACUAGAGAUGCCAAAUCAUAUCACGGAUCCAGAACACCUUCUCCUCCUCUCAAUAAAAAUCUAGACAACUGCAGCAAUAACCUACCGUUCACCAAAAAAACGAAUGGAUUCGAUGUUAGCGACACCGAGAACAACGCUAACGAAAAACCUGCUUUGAUGAAGAAACCAGACAAGCCUGAACGGAAGUUUAACAGCAAAGAACUGAUAGAGCGGCAGAGGAAUUGGACUUCGCAUUUUUCGAAAACUCGGAACAGUAGAUACAACAGCGAUCCGAAUAAAAACGACGUACGGCUGUCAGUUUCGAUCGAUUCCGAAAGAUCCGAGAUGAAAGUUUCUGCUGCUACACGAAGCGCUUCUUUCAGCAGCAGAUUAAAGAGUCCUCCGACUUCUCCCCCACCACCUCCCAUUAGAACCGAAGCUUCAAGGAGGACAAAUUUUGUUAAAAAAGAAAGACCUGCUUCUGUCAUUCCCACCACUACAGACAUAUUUGUCAAAGACCGAUCUCCACCGACAAGUCCGACAACCUCAGCAGCUAACCAGACUCAAAGAACGAGUAUGAUGCUAGAACCUGACAACGACGUCACGUGUAUGGAAAAGUCGAGAAAUCAUUCGGAUCAAUACAACUACAGAAGGGACAUAAUCUCUCCUCACGACGAAGUUAAUCAAAAACACCAUGGGGUAAAGGAUAACGAUGGUUUGUUACUAGUUACCCAAACUGUGGUUACGAGAUCUCCUUUAGAUGAUAAAGAUGCUAGCAGAGAAAAUUUGUCGGCGGCUUCGGGAAGUUUGUCGUCCCUUAGUCCUCCUAGUAGCCCUAGCAAAAUGAAGUCUGAGCAGGAGAAACAGGAGGAAGAGGCCAAUGAAAAAUCAUUCCUUAACAAUGAUUCGAGAAAAAUAGACCCAAAGACUGAAGAAGUAGUUGUAUCAAGAAAAACAAAAGUUAGUAGUAUUUCAUUAAACAUUCCAGCUGCUGGUCUCGGAAGCCGACCUUCGUCUAUUAUAAGCACAACCACCUCGGACGAAGGAGGCUUCAACGAACCUUCCCCAAAAAUAGAAGCCAAAUUAAAGCCGCACGAAGAAUCUCUCUAUGACUUUCCUAUAAACGAAGAUAAACCUUUGGAAUAUACAGACUCCCCCGAUGAUGUGAGCGAAUACCAGGAUUUAACCAUUCACGAACCGACCAAACUUACUCCUGCUGAAAUAGAAGCGUUGUAUGCAGUGCCCCAUAAGAAACCCCAAGUAGAAAACAAACCUCCAAUAGUCCCACCACUAGAAAGCACCUUUUCGGAUGAAGACGACGAUGUACCACAUUACGCGGUUCCCUACAGACCAAGUCCCGUUAGCCAACAGAAAUCCAUCACUUCAACUGACUCGGACUCGCCUGGAAGACCACACAGUAUCAGCCAACAGAAGUCGGUAACGUCUACAGAUUCGGACGCGUCUCAAGUUACCGUGAUACCUCAGAGAUCGAUCGACUCUGAUAUCAUGUACCAUGACCAGUCGAGAACCACGACACCAUCAGUAUUAACGCAGCUAGAUAGUCAGGAUAGUUUUGAUAGAAGUUGCCAAAACAAAGCCGAGCUUACGAAUAGGAUUAGUUGUGAAGAAUCUGAUAGUGUAGAUCCGAAACGUUCGGAACCGUUUAUACUGACACGGGAAGUACUCAAGAUGUGUGAUAAGACUGCUCGUGUCCAAGACGUUCAAAGGUCUGAAGCGAAUAUCCUAGAUUUAAACGAUGUAGAAUACGCUGACGCCAGUGAUAACGACCAGGAAAAUAGUCUAGAGGAGAAACAUGUACCUGAACCGGACGCCAUGACUCAGGAUGAGGCUGAUAAUUUGCUCAGUAGCAAGAUUUUGGAGAAACAGAGAGUCCAGCUACUGUCAGACGAAGAAGCACAAGAAGUAACAAGACUGCUAAACAUUAAAGAAAACGAAUCCAGCAACAAAUGGCUGCCAAACGCAACAAGUUCAUUCCUGCAAGAUUCCGUUACGACUUCUAUUCAAGACUCCUCCGGUCCAGUUUCGCUGAACGACAGCUACAACUUACCUUCUUUGCACGACGAUCAAGGUAAAGAUUUCAUCAUCAACGAGCAGAGCCAAACGAACGACUUGGUUUACACUAAACUGAAUAAAAUAAAAUCUGUCGAACCUUUGUCGCAAUAUUACGAAUCCACCGAGAGUUUGGUUUCUGGGCAAGACGAGGAGGAACCGUCUAAAGUUGACAUCGACACAAGUGUUUCUGCAACUGAUUCGGGACUGAUAGAUUCAGUCACCAGCUUAUCAGAAGGCAACUAUUUAGAAAAGACUGACGACGAUUUUGUACCAAAGCCAGUUAGCAUUAUAGGAAUUGAACACGGUGUCCAUUAUUACGAAGACGGGCACUUUUGGAUGGAAGUUCCUGGUCUACCGCCGGAAGAAGAAGAAGAGGAAGAUUUCGAAUGUACGGAAUAUCUGCCGAAAACCAGCAGAGUGAAGUUUUCCAAAGAGCCGAUGAAAGUGUACUCUACGUUCAGUAUCACGGAUUAUGACCGGAAGAACGAGGAUGUGGAUCCAGUUGCUGCUUCGGCUGAGUAUGAACUGGAAAAACGAGUGGAAAAGAUGGAUGUGUUUCCGGUAGAACUUGUCAAGGGUUCCGAAGGGCUCGGAUUAAGCAUUAUAGGAAUGGGAGUGGGAGCAGAUGCAGGAUUGGAGAAAUUGGGUAUUUUUGUGAAAACCAUAACGGCAAACGGAGCAGCAGCUAAAGAUGGCAGGAUCAAAGUGAACGACCAAAUCAUCGAGGUCGAUGGCAAGAGCUUAGUCGGAGUUACACAAGCUUAUGCUGCGAGCGUUCUCAGAAACACAUCUGGUUUGGUUAGGUUCAGUAUUGGUCGGGAGAGAGAUCCUGAAAAUAGCGAAGUAGCACAGCUGAUUAGACAGUCGUUACAGGCUGAUAAAGAACGAGAAGAAAGACGGCAGAGGAUGAUAGAUGAACAGCAACAGCAUAGUGAAGCUAGCACUGUACAACUGACAGGUUCAGCAAAUACAAGUGUAAGUGACGGACCUACUAGUCCAAUUGUAAAUCAAGAAGGCCUUUUUGACCAUGAACAAGACAACGUUGACUCUCUCAGAGCUUUACUAAUAGAGUUAAUGGAACAAAACGGAGUAAAACCUGACGAUUCGGAAAAAUUCGAACAAGCCACCCAAAAGCUCAAAGAAACAGAACGCAGUCUCUUCACCGCCAAAAAGGAAAUACAAACGUAUCAAAACAUGUUAGAGCAGUCCCAAACCCAAUAUCAGGUUCUAGAAAAGAAAUACAACCGAGCGAAACAUCUGGUUCGAGAAUUCCAACAACGUGAAUUGGACAUGCUACACAGAGAAGAUUUUUACCAACAGCUUCUGCAAGAGAAAGACACGGAAUACAACUCUCUAGUGAAAACACUGAAGGACCGAGUAAUAGCCUUGGAGCAGGAUUUGCUAGACACCCAAAGGAAAGCUGGUUUACCGAUGGUGCUUCCCUACGGUAACAUGAAUCUAAAGCAACUUACUCCUCAGAUGUCGAGAAGACAACCACCGAAACCUUUGUUCAAAUCGUUGCAGCCGGAUCUUUCCGACACGGAAAUGUCUGAUGCUAGUCCGGACGAUGAUAAGACUGCGACGGUCGAGAGAAAGUUGCCGAUUAAAGAGGAGUUUGAUAGAGCGGUACCUCCACACGAACUUCUCGAUAUCUCCGCCAGCAAGAGCAAGGCCGAACUGGCCAAUAGAGGAGCACUUGCCAAUAGGCAACUACCAAGUGCGAAGAAGGGAUCUCUCAGCAAUAGCAGCUCGGACUACGGGCUAGACGAAGGAUGCAAUUCCUCGGACGAGGUUACGGACUCUGUCUUCAUUUCACAGGCCAACGAAAUAAAGCAGAAGCUGAACCAAACAGUGGUACGGCCGACCUCCUUCACUAGUGCAACUCAACAAUACGUUCAGUCGCAGUAUGUCCCACAACAAAAAAAUCAAAAUAAUAGUCAGUACACCGUACAAUAUACUCAGGUACAAAAAUCAAACCAAUACUCAGUAAAUCAAAGCACAAGUUCAAAUCAGUCUAGCGUCGUAUACGCUAGUAUACAAAAAGAAACGAAUAAAUUCCAACAACCGAGCCCGGAUCCUUGGAGUGAUAGUCUUAAUAGGGUGAACAAUACGAUCGUGUGUCCACCACCGACGCUUGCGGAACAAUUAAAACAGGUAUUAGCAGAGCGCGAAAAACGCUUAGGCACUGAUAGUGUUAGUAGUUCCACAGACGAUUUAAACGAUAGUUCAAAAGAAGAUCCAGCGCACCAUCUUCUGGAAGAAAUACGACAAGCCGUAAACGAAGCAAACUCAAAAGUAAAGAAAGUUCUUCCAGUAACUCUGUCCCCGCCAGGUAGCACACCGUGGCAACCGCAAAACAAUACAUCACCAACACCUCCCUCACCGUCGAGUCUCUCCUCUGGUUCGGUAUCUCCAUCUAGAUACGAUUCUUCGUGGGUGAAUACCGAUCUAAGCCUUUCUUCGUGUAGUAUAGCUAGUGAUAAGAGGACACACUAUUGGCAAUCGACGCCGAUUCUAGAUUGGUCCAAAGAUCAGGUCUGCAACUGGUUGAUAGCAGUGGGAAUGGAACAACACGUCUCCAAAUUUGCUGAAUUGCAAGUCAAUGGUAGUGCGUUGUUGCUGCUAACGUCAGCAGACUUCAAAAUCUUAGGAAUCACUAGCGAUGACAAAAGUAGAUUGAAACGAAAAAUAAAAGAGCUCAAGAUACAGGCUGAGAAAGAGAGGAAACAGAUGGAACGAGACAGGAAAGAAAAGGAAAAACUGCAAAAGAAAGCGGAUAAAGCCAAUAAGAAGAAAUAAUUUGAUAUUUUUGGUCUGUGAGAUUGUAAGUGAUUGAUGGUAAAAUGUCAGUCAUGCCAUAUAUCUAUCGUGGUUUACAGGUUGACGAGAAAUUACCUGUUUGAUACUAUUGUGUCAGAGAGAUCUUUUUAAAUUUAAUAUUGCACAAUUAUUAUUAUUUUAACAUUUUCAAAUCCACCUACACGACUCCCGUGUUCACACUAUUAUAUUAUCAAUCAGGUGCCACCGACACGACUACCGUGUUUACAUUUCAACAAUUCUCCAAUGACUGUAUAAAUUGGCACAUGAUACAAAUAUCUGAUAUUGGCCUGGAGCUGAAAGUGUUUAACAGUUCGAAAAACUUAAUAGAUGAAGAUUUUUCCAUUGAUUUUCUGCUAUUCAUUUCAGUGUUUGAGGAUUCCUUACUAUAACAUAUAGUAGGUUGUUAAAUAAGUUUUUUCUAUAUAAUCUCAGUACAUUUGUCCUGAACUUGAACAUACUUUGUCAAUGAGUCACUUCAGCUAUUGAUGUCAAUUUCCAUCCCUCUAUUCAUCCCGUAUUAAGGACUGUUACUUCUAUCGACAGGAACGGUUGCAGAAGAUCUACGAAAGCUAUACUUCCUCUAUUUGUCUUCCAUUUAUUUUAAGUUUAGUUUCUUCGCUGUUGUUUUUUAAGAGUUUUGUUUUUAUACAGAGUGGCCCAAAGAAAAGAGUCCACCUCGAUAUUUGGCAGUAUUUAUCAGCUUUUAAGGAAAUAAAAAAACAGGUCAGUUUUUCAUCUAAGGGGGCACAUUUUUAUGGUACAUAUAUCUGUCAUUUGUCAACCCCCUCCCUUCCACUUCCCCCACCCUUUAUUUUUAAAUGGGGAAUAGGGGUCGUGUGUUAGCUCAUUUCAAAGGUUAUUCAAUUCUCUAUUCAGUAAUAUUAACAUUGACAUAAUCAUUUACAGAGGGUGUCCAAGAAAAAUUAUUUUAAAUUAAAUUAAUUGACAAAAAAAAGAAGAAUGUACGUAAUUUAUUUAACCCAGAAUACAUUCUACUGCGGACAGAAAACAGAAAAAAAUGUUUAUUUGAUAAAUAAACAUUGUUUGUUGCUUAAAUUCAAUAUUCAACCUACCAAGAGACAGAUGGGUGGCAGCUUGAACAUUGAAAUUAAGCGAAAAGCAAUGUCUAUUUAUCAAAAAAAAAAUUUUUCUGUUUUGUGACAGCAAUAGAAUGUAUUUUGAAUUAAAUAAAUUACAUACAUUCUUCUUUUUGUGUCAAUUAAUUUAAUUAAAAUAUUUUUUUCUUGGACACCCUAUAUAAAAAAUUAUGUUAAUGUUGAUAUUACUGAAUAGAGAAUUGAAUAACCUUUCAAAUGAGCUAGCACAGGACCCCUAUUCCCUAUUUAAAAAUAAGGUGGGGGACAUGGAAGGGAAGGGGUUGACAAAUGACAGAUAUAUGUACCGUAAAAAUGUGUCCCCCUUAGAUAAAAAAUUGAACUGUUUUUUUAUUUGCUUAAAAUCUAAUAAAUACUGCCAAAUAUCGAGGUGGACUCUUUUGUUUGGCCCACUCUGUAUAUGUAUCUUAAGGCUCAUUACAUUGGAGUAUUUUUCAAGCUUGUCGAUCUUCUUCUGCAUAUGGUAGUCAUGUUUGGUUAGGAGACAAACGGCUAUGGCGUCUGUGAGCUCGAGUAUAAAAAUAUGGUUGAUAGUGGAGCAUUUAGCGCGAAAGCCUUCUUGGUUGCUUUUGAGUUUAUUUAGCUCUGGCUUCAGUCUGUUCAAUACGAUCUUCGGCGUUGUUUCGGAUAUGGCGCUCAGCAGUGUUUUUACUCGCCAAUUCUCUCAUCUACUUCCCCCUUUUUUGGUAUUAUUAUUCCCCUCAUUCCAUUCCUUUGGUAGUUCCCCAUCGGACUAUAUAUCUUGUUAAAUAGUUUUUACUGAUUCGUUUGCGUCGGCCUUUAUUAAAUCUAUCGGUAGGUUGUCACUUGUAGCGGCUUUGCCAUUUUUUAGUUGUUUUAGUGUUUUGUAUUUCUUCUUUCGUAAUUUUAUAUGUGCUAACGUUUAACUCCUUUAUUUUAUUUUCUUCGUCUAUAUCUGGCAUUGCCUCGUGUUUGGAGUAUAUUUCUUUGAAGUGUUCUUUCCAUCUUUGUAUUUCAUGCUUUAAUUAUAUUAUUUCCUUGUUUAUCUUUAACUUGUUUUUUGACUACUUUGUAGUCAAAUUUCGUAUGAUGGUAUAUUGUAAACUCAUGUCGUUUUCUUGCACAGCUCUUUCUAAUAUUGUAAUCAUAUUAUUUACGUAAGUCCUUUUUUUCUAGCUUGCUUUUUAACUACUAUAUUUUUUCUUUGUAUCUUUCUAGAGCUUUUCCUUCUUCGGUUGCUUCCUUUUGUAACAUUCUUCUUUGAUUUUCUUUCUUUCUUCUAUUAGUUUAGUGAGUCUCAGCAUAUCCAUUUUCUGUUUCCCCCUUUUUUUUUCAUCCCAAUGUUUCACUUGCAGUUUUUGACGUUAUGUCCUUAAAGUUCCUCCACCAAAACUGAUCACCACAAAAGCUCAAGAAACGCGUAGUUUUGGGCCAAUUUGCAUAAAGACUCUGCAAAUUGGCCCAAACUAAGCGUUUCCAGAGCAUUUAUACUGAGAGUUUAACAUGUUUUACACUUUAGGUUUUGACUCAAUCUUCGAAGUGACGAUUAAGAGACACAUUUUUUGCUAUUUAUCUUUAACUACAUGUGGUAUUUUCUAAUAGAGCAGUAACAGAAGAGAUUUGCUUAACCCAUCGGAGCCUAUUUACCAUAGUGUUAGGUAAAAUUUCGCAGAGAGAUUUGGCCUAUUUGUAGUUCAAGGUUACCCCUUCUUGAAAGAACAACUCAAAUUUAGUUUUAUAAUUAUUUUCCAGUGUAAUAACUUUUUGAAUUUAGGGUUGGUUUUGUUUGUGCCAAAAUAUGGUCAUUCGUUUCAUGUAAAUGCUUUAUUUAUUACUUUUUGCACUAGGAUCCCUGUUUUUAUUUUUAAAAGAUUUUAUACAAACUUCAAUAAAUAAAUUGUACAGGUUUUCAUAAUAUUUCAACUGUUGGUUUUUUCGUUAUUACGCGAAGAAUAUGUGUGUUCCCAAAUGGAACCGCUAGGUGGUUUGCUAUGUCGUUUUCACUGUUAUUUUUUUAAUUUUCUUAUUUUUAGAGAAAUUUCUUUGAAAGAAGAUCUCGAUAUAGCUUUCGAGGAAAACCAAAGUACUAACGAUGUUUCUGCCGUUUACAUAGAAUCUUCAGCUAAAAACAUUUUGGCAGACGAAGAUCUGACCGAUGAAGAUGACACGGGUCUUAUUGAUAAUCUAAAUCAUAACCAGUUAUCUUCAGGCGCAAAAAUUGUAUUUUCGGAUGAUACUAGAAUCGGCGGCACUGCUGAAGACAUGAUCAUAGAGGAAAACACUUAGGUCCACCCCGUACUAGCAGAGCAAUUCCAUCUGCGCCAACUUCAACUGGUGGAGGUCUAAUUAUGUUCACGCGGUAGCAAAAUGCAGAUUUUUCCGAAAAAAGGGGAUUUGGUUCCUACAGUGUAUGAUUUUCCAGAGUCUGAUUACCCAAAGUAUGCUGGUUCAAGCCCUACAGAACUUCUAGUUGGAUUACACCAACUAGACCUGUUAAAAGGUUUUCAAAACAGGAGAAAAAAAAACGUUGUUCUGUGGCUAUUUCGUUCACAAUACAAUAAUAAUAUACGUUACACUGAUUUGAUGGAGAGCAAUGUAUCUUGCUAUCGAAUUAGAAUCCGUUGCAAAAAAAUGGUAUUGCUCAUUUUUACAUACCUAGUGGACACGAACAUUCAAAAUGCAUGGAAGUUCUAUGGAAAAUCUGAUCGUUACAUUCGCCACUUGGAAUUUACACGGACUGCUAUCCAAACGUAUCUAAUAAGAUAUAAAAACCCACCGAAUCAUCAGGAAGAGUGUCCGCAGCUGCAAGAAGUGACUCUUGAAUUGGAUGUAUUCGGUACGACGCACAGUGGGGCAAGAGACAACAUAAGUUGGCAUUAAAUCAUUGUCGAUAUAUUUAUGGCCAAUUUUUUUUUUCAAAUAUUAUAAGUUGUGUGUACAUAAAAAAACGAUUUUUUUCAAAGUUUUCUUCUUCUCAAUGUGCCUAUCCGUGACUAAUGUUGGCGAUCAUCAUGGCAAUCUUUAUUUUAUCUGCAGCAGCGCGAAAAAGCUGCACAGAUGUUGUGCUAAAGCAGGUUCUGAAGUUCUUUAACCAGGAUGUUCUUCUUCUUCCUGAGCCUCGCUUUACAAAUAUUUUCCCUUGAAGGACGGAUUGUUCAAAAAAUGUUUUGCUCAAAAUUUUCAAAGCUGAAUGUCCAUAGUUACUACCGAUAUUGAUUUAAAUGAUAUUUGAAGUUUAGUCAUUUUUAUUUUAUAUCUUAUGUAUUUAUUAUUAUCUAAUAUUAUUUAUAUCUCAAAACAAUUGUGUUAACAUUAUUUUUGAAAAAUUGCUUAACCAAAUUGUUCUUUAAAACCAUUUACCGCAUAUUUAUAAGAAUAACAUAAAAUUUUGUAGGUAAAAUAUUGAAAACUUAAACUACAGAUCAUCAUCAGAAUCAUCAGAUGUGACGUCAACAUCUUGCACAUUCGGAGAUUUGAACAUAAUAUAUUAUGCACUAAUAUGCAGUGCUUCCACUGGCAGGUGUUCUAAUUUCUUUCUUUUUAUGUUUCUUUUGCUUGUGAUCAGUGGAUCACUACUAAUCAACAAAAAGUGGAAUACAUCGUUUGCAUCUACUACACUUUCUUGAAUUAUUAUGCUUGAAUUAUGCAAAUAACGAAAAAUUAGAAUAGAGUAUUAUUCAAUUUAAUUAGGUCAAAGUUAAAAUGACUUUCUAAAGAAUAAUACUCAAGCUUUCAAAAUAAAACAAAAUUAAAGUUGGAUCAGUCUGGGAACACUAACAAAUCACUUGCUCUUUUUGAAAAAUGCAUAUUUUGAUAUUUUGUACAGGUAAUUUUAAACAAUACAUUAUAAGAGACUAUAUUUACUUAAUUAUUAUAUCACAUCUGUAAUAAUAUUGUCACUUUCCUGAAGAUCAAAUAUCCGUAGCCAAUUUUACUAGUAAAUUAACUUUUCACUUGAAAUAAGUGGAUCAAACGUAAGUCGAAUCACGUUAUCGCGGCCUAUGCAUUGUUAACACGGGACCAUGUGCCCUUUGCGACGCAUCGCAACUGGUGGAGGGGGAUUUAAUGCGACAGAAAAUACUGCAUUUAGUAUUUUCAUUUUAUGCCAACUUUUUAGCUCUCCUGCCCCACUGUGCGACGGAUGAAAUAAUUUUGUGGUUUCUAUACCAGAACACAAAAGAAGAAGAAGCGAACGACUUGGAUUUUUAAACCGGGGUAAAAUAAUAUGCUGCAAAUCUGGUAUGGUCCUUUGUACUGACUGUUUUCGCAAUUUUCAUAUCAAGUAGCUCUUAACGAACAUCUAUCGGGUUCGCGCCUGGUGGUCCCAUAUGGGAACAGUGCUUUUCUCCAUUACUAUUUCAUUUACAAACAAUUUUCUUCUUACGUUGUGUACAGAAUACUGUUAUAUUUAAAGAUUUUUAAUAAAUUUUGUCGAUAACAAAAAAUUUUUUCUCGCCUAUAAUGGGUUAGUAGGAAAAUUUUUACAAUCACCUUUAGGAAAAGUUCCGAAAGUUGAAAAAAGUCUAGUAAUUGAGCACUUUUAGUACAUUCUAUUACCAUCUGUCAAGUUUUCACAAUUCAAUCAAAAAGUUUCUCCAUUCUUAACUUAAUUAUGUAGCACGAUUAUUAAGUAAUUGUUAUUUAACCCAUUCAGCAGUUCCGUAUCACUUUCAAGGUACUUUUAAGGUGCUUGAAAUUAAAAAACUGAUAUUUCUAGGAGGCUAAUAAAUUGAGCAGGGACUGUAUAUGGCAAACAAUUCUCGUCACCUGGCCACGAUUUUCGCAGUGUGGUCAUUGUUGAGAGUGCCAGAGUAUAUAAGAUUAUAUUGUUCCUUGAUCUUGUCAAAUAUACCUAAGUCAAAACAAAAAUGUAUGGAUUUGUUUUAGAAAUUGUAUUGUGUAUUAUACAAUGUGCUCGUUCUAGCAUAGUUAGUAUAUUAUAAAAAAAAAUGUAAAUAUAUUUGAAACAAAAGUGUGUAUGUUUUAGAAGCAUUUAAAAAUUAUGUACUUGUUUAUAUAAGUAUGGAUAUUCCUGUUUACAAUUUUAAGUUCCUUUUAUUCGGAAAACAUAUACAUUUAUCAAUGUAUCAGACUUUGUUAGCUGCAUGGACUUGGUAUUUAGCUAUCGAUAGCUAAAUUGACUAUUUAGCUUAGCGUAUCGGUUACUUUUAAAAGUUUUUACAAAAUGGAUCAAACUUUUUUAUAACAAAACAGUAUUUACAAACAAAACAAUACAUUUAUUUUACCGUUGAAUAAGAAUUAAUUUGUGAUUAAGGCAGCUUUUUUCAAGUAAUAAAUAGUAUUCCUAAUGUUCCUUAUUAGUGACAUUUUUCAUUAAUGUUUUGGUAUUACUUGUAUGUAUAACUUUAUUAACCCAUUCGCUUUGUUGCCUAUCGAAUAAGGAUGGAACUCGUCUAGAUUUCUGUUGAACGGCACCUGACUGAAGUAGCCAUAUAACGCGCUGGUGCGUGAUUGGCAGCGAAUGGGUUAAGCUAUUAAGAUCCCAUUUUUUUUAAUUAUAACAGUUUAUAGCCUUGUAAGAGGGCGACGUAAUGAGAAGGUGAAAAUGUCCUGUCUUUACUGUCUAAAAGUUUUUGUACCAAACUACGGCAUGUAUCGCGCCACUUAGGGCUUAAGAUAGUAAGGAGACCUGGUAACCUUACGUUUCACCUUAGCUGUCAAAGUUUGCAGUCACAUUUCACAUCAAACGUGAUAGUCCAAGAGGCAGCGCUGAAAAAUUUCUCUAUAUUUGCUAAAGCUAGUUAUUUCACAGUUGAUUACUGUGAUUGUGUAGAGAAACAUACUGCGGUCGGUCAGGCGAAACGUAGAACAGGGGUUACUGAGAGGGUAUCGAAGUUGCUUUCCUACGAAGGUAAUUAAAUCCAUUUACUAAGGCUGAAAAUCAGUACACACAUUCUAAAUUGAAUAUAAAUAAAAGUUCAGUUCAAUAGUCGGUCAGCAGUAUGACGGGACAGAGCCGGUCGGUCGGCCCCAAUGAAUGUACAGAGUUAUUCACUAUAUUUUGGCCUCUCUCUAAACUGCUUUAUUUACAGAAUUAGAAAAAAAUGUAAAAUACAAAACUUGUUCGAUUUUUUAAUUAUGAUUUUUUUACAUAUCGUCGUUGCGCGAGCAAAAUCUGCUAUGUGUAAAAAACUAAAUUUUACAGGGGAGACAUAAAACUGUGAUUUUUACCUCACCUGAACACAUAGCAGAUUUUAACCAAAUGUUUAUAACUUGGUUAAUUCUAUUCAUAACCUAUAGCAGAUUAUACCAAUGUGUUAAGAAUUAAAUUUUGAGCUGUGCUCAUAACUCAAUUUCACCAAAAAAUGAAAAAUGUACAUAGCAGAUUUUACCCGCACAACGACGAUAUAUAUCGUACUAGUGGCGUCAUCCAUCUGGGCGUGAUGACGUAAUCGACUAUUUUUUAAAUGAGAAUAGGGGUCACGAGCUAGCUCAUUUGAAAGGUUAUUCAAUUCCCUAUUCAGUAAUAUAAACAUUAACAUGAUUGUUUAUACAGGGUGUCUAGAAAAAAAUUUUUAAUUAGAUUAAUUGUUUAAUUAAUAAUUAAUAAUUAAAAAAAUGUUUAUAUUACUGCAUAGAGAAUUGAAUAACCUUUCAAAUGAGCUAGCACACGACCCCUAUUCUCAUUUAAAAAAUAGUCGAUUACUUCAUCACGCCCAGAUAGAUGACGUCACUAGAACGAUAUACAUAUCAAAAAAUCAUAAUUAAAAAAUCGAAUAACUGUUGUAUUUUAUAUUUUUUUCUAAUUGUGUAAAUAAAGCAGUUUACAAGGGGGUCAAAAUAUAGUGAAUAACCCUGUACAUUCAUUGGGGUCGACCGACCGGCUCUGUCCCGUCAUACAGCUGACCGACUAUAAUAACUUUUAUUUAUAUUCAAUUUAUGUGUACUGAUUUUCAGCCUUAGUAAAUGGAUUUAAUUACCUCCGCAGGUAAGCAACUUUGACAAGCUGUCAGUACCACCUGUUCUACGUUUCGCUUGACCGACCGCAGUAUGUUUCUCUACACAAUCACGGUAAUCAACUGUGAAAAAACUAGCUUUAGUAAAUUCAGAGAGAUUUUUCGGCGCUGCCUCUCCGUCUAUAUUUGACAUCGAACUGUCAGGGCGCGCGAGUGGUGCCGGAGCCAUAACAAAAAGUGUGCUGAAAUGGCUACCUGAUUAUGAUCUGUCGUGGAUGAUAUAAAAUAGAGACCACCAUAUUCCUAUUAUCGAUUUUAACAACUUAAAUACCAAUUCCAUGCAUGUGAUUUUUUUAUUUUAAGGUAGCAUAAGGUUAAUUUAUUUAUUGUUUUUUUAAUAUUUUAUCAACAUGCAAUUUUAAUAUACUAACGUUGUGAUAAUCAAUUUUAUAUUUUGAAAUUUACAUUAAGUAUUAUUAUCUAUUUUUCUUUUACUUUGUAUAUACGGUUCCAGAAUAAGAUAUUUCUCAUACUGUGUCACCCAUUUUAAUUGGAAACCUGCCUGCAGAAUUUGAGGUUGUCAACUGAUUUCAACGAGUAUUUUAGUUACAUUGAUAAAAUAUGUAGUUCAUGACAAAAUUUAAAAAGGUCAUUUCAGUUUGCAGGUGCAGGUGAUAUCACUGUAGUUCUUCGUAAUUGAAAAUAGAGAAAAUUUGUUAGCUAUUUUUUAUUAAAAAAAUUGUUAUAUGCAAAUAAUUAUGAUGUAAAUUAUGUAAAAAUCAACUGAGAAUAUUUGAGCGCGAAAUACUAAGGAAGAUAUUUGGACCAACCCAAUGCAGCGAUGGUUCGUGGAUAAUUAAAAUGACCCACGAGCUGGAUGAACUAAUGCGGAGCGCAGAUAUUAUUAGAUUUGUAAAGUCACAAAGACUAAUCUGGCUUGGUCACCUAAAAAGAAUGCCAGAUAAUCGAGCUGUAAAAGUAAUCCAGAGAUGUUACUAGGAUCAUCCAGAGUUACUAGGACCAUCUUCUCCCGGUAAGGGUGGUUAACCCUUAUCCGAGGAGUGGAAUGAUUAAUAGUCGUAUCACUGCUUAAGUUGUUUUAUUAUACUUGCAUGAGUAUAAGCUGGUAGCAAGCUACGCGACGUCGUCUCGCGGAGUGGAGAUGAUACUAUUUGAAUAUGAAUAAUCUUACGUCUAAGAAAGUAUAAUGACGAAUGUGGAAUGUGGAUUCCCUUACUAUGUUUUGAUUGUAUAAGUAUAUUUGAAAGUGCCGAGUCAGCGGCGACCCUGAAAGGUGUUUAUAGUAAACACCGACCGUGACUGUAUGUAUAACUACUCCUCACAAUCUAGGUCAAUAAUAUUUAUGUAACGAAAGAUAUUUGUUUAUGAUAACAUUUAAAUAAUUGAAAGAAAUUAACGUAGAUAAUUAAAGGGUGUUUUAAAAGAUAUCUAAUAAGUACAGAUGAAUUCUUGUACAGCCCCAAGGAAACAGAACAAGAGGAAGGCCCAGUAAAAGAUGGAUAGACGAUGUAGAAGGGGAGCUUAAAACCAUGAACAUCAGGUAUAGGCUAUUGAUUAUGUACUAUUGAAAGGAACUACAACGUUAACGGGGUUUUAUUAUUUCACAUGGUCAAUGAAUCUCUAUACAGUAGAGCGUCGAUAAUCCGAACCCUGGUAAUCCGAACGAUCGCUAAUCCGAACGCAAAAAAAUUAUAAAAUUAAAAAAUAUGAUCACGGACUGAACUUUUGGAUUUAAUAUGACAAUAUGGGCAAAAUAUGACCGCAAAUUUUUGUUUUGUUAAUGCAGAAAUAUAUAUACAAUUUAUUAUGCAGGUGUUUUAUUCCUUGUAACUAAAACGUAUGUAAUACAUAUGUAUGUACUAUGUUUAUGAGCUUUGUAUGUAUUUUGAACAUAUGUUCGAUAAUCCGAACAAUUUGAUAAUCCGAACUACCCCUGUACCAAUUAGUUCGGAUUAUCGACGCUCUACUGUAUAUGAAAAAAUCGCGGAGUGCUACCAUUUAAAGAGGUGCGUUUUUGAGAAAUGGGUGAAUUAGUCCCUGGCCACAGGUUACAUUAGGGUGAGUUCUAUGCACUUUUGGUACAAACAAGUCUACAUAAAAAUUGUUCCUGGUUAAAUUUUUUAUCUAAAUAUAACUUUUUAAAGUCAAAGAUACUUUUUUUUUACAAAAAUAUAUUCAAAAGAAAAAGCACAAAGAAACACAAAAGAAAGAAAUUUUGUUUUUUGUCCCAUAACUUUUGUCCACGGGCAUAUAGGUAUAGACAUUGCUUCACAUAAAAAAAGCUUACAUAUUUUCUCUUUAAAAUGAUGUUUGGUAGAGGUCAUUAGGAUUUACAGUUUUCUAAAUAUGAUUUUUCAAAGAUCGCCACUCACAGAAAUUUUGGGCAAUUUUCCUUGUUAUUUCGCAAAUAUUGUUCUGUAACUUUUUUCUACGUAACUUUAGGCAUAUGCAAUGGUACAUGUAAGAGGAAUAGAAAUCAAUUACCUUUAAAAUGUUCUACUGUAUAAUGUUGUACGACUUCUUUUAAAGAGGUUAUCUUUUUCAAAAUUUUAUACUUUUAACGAGUUUUUAUAUUUUUUACGAUUAUUUUUUAAAUUUCCCAUUAUAACUUUUUUUUCUACAUUUAGGUAUAUGUAUAUCAUAUAAUAAAAAAGAAAGCUUAUUCUGUUUACUUUAAAAUGGUGUAUUAUAAAAAAUUCUAGGAUUAUUUUUGAAUAAGAUGUUUUUCAAAAUGUAAUAAGUAGGUACUUGCAACGAUUUUUGAUUUUAUAAUUAUUUUUUAAAUUUCUCAUUAUAACUUUUUUAUGUGAUUGUCUGUUAUGAUUUAAUCUUAUUUUUUAUAGGUAAUACUUUGGAUCCACUUGACUCGGCCGGGCAAACUUCAAAAUAUGGAUUAAUUCCAAUAUUUACUGUAAAAGCUUCUGUACCAAAAGCUUUGCUUGAAAAAAUAGAAUGUAACUGUACCAAAGGAUGUACAAAAAACUGCGGUUGUAGGAAGAUAGGAAUUAGUUUUUCAAUAUUCUGCAAAGGGUGCAUGUGUAUGGGUACUAAUUGUGGGAACUCUAAGAUAACUGAGGUGUCAGAGGAAGAUAUUGAAGCUAAUGCUAACGAAGAGAUGGACUUUGAUUUUGAACAUUUUUUAAAUGUCAACGUUUAAAUAAUUUUAAAUAAUACAGGUAAAAAAUAUCAAAGAAUUACUCGGUUUCCAUUAUUUAAUUAUAGUUGAUACACCAUUUUAAAGAACAGAAAGUAAGCCCUCUUUAUUGAGCAAUAUAUAGUAUAUUCAUGUACAAGAAAAAAGUUAUAAUGAGAAAUUUCAAAAAUAAUCGUAAAAAAUAAUAUUUUUAUGUUAGGUAUUAUAUAAUAUAUAAUAUAAUAAUAUAUUAUAUAAUAUAUAAUAUAAUAUUAUAUAAUAUGUUAUAUAAUAAUAUUAUUUUAUUUUUAUAUUAUAUUAUAAAAAAUCGUUAAAAGUAUAAAAGCUUGAAAAACCAUAAUCUCUUUUAAAAAAGUCGUACAACGUUAUACAGUAGACCAUUUUAAAGGUAAUUGAUUUCUGUUCCUAUUACGUGCACCAUUGUAUAUACCUAGAGUUACGUAGAAAAAAGUUACAGAACAAUAUUUGCGAAAUAACAAGGAAAAUUGCCCAAAAUUGCUGUGAGUGUCAAACUUUGAAAAAUCAUAUUUCGAAAACUAUAAAUCCUAAUUACCUCUACUGAACAACAUUUUAAAGAAGAAGUAUGUAGGUUUUUUUCUGUAAAGCAAUGUCUAUACCUAUAUCCUCGUGGACAAAAGUUAUGGGACGAAAAACAAAAUUUCUUUCUCUUGGGUUUCUUUGUGCUUUUUCUUUUAAAUAUAUUUUUGUAAAAAAAACUAUCAUUGACUUCAAAUAGUGAUAUUUAGAUAGGAAAUUUAACCAGGAACAAUUUUUAUGUAGAUAUGUUUGUACCAAAAGUGCAUAGAACUCACCCUGAUGUAACCUGUGCCCAGGGACUAAUUCACCCAUUUCUUAAAAACGCACCCCUUUAAAUGGUAGCACUCCGCGGUUUUUUCUUAUAUAGAUGUCCAUUGGCCAUAUGAAAUAAUAAAACCCCGUUAACGUUGUAGUUCCUUUUAGCCACCUUAUUUUGAAUAUAAUCAAUAGCCUAGUAGUGGCGAAGGAAAGUAUCCGACAGGGCAGAAUGGAAGAACAUUGUUAAGAAGACCAAGACUCACAAAGGGUUGUAGCGCCAUUAGAAGAAGAAAUUAUGUAAAAAUAUAAAUAAUGAAGUCAGAACAGCUUACAGUCUACAGCUUGUAUCCACUAAAAUGCAUUAACUAUACAUUUUUCAAUUUAAAACAUAAUAAAAGACUUCUUCUCGUGGAUGUCUCCCUUACUGGAGGUUAGCAACUACACUGGCAAAUCUAUCUCUAUCCAAUUGCUCUAAACAAAGAUGUUGAAUCAAGGCCGGUCCAGUCUCUGAUAUUUCUAAGCCAUAAAAUGGGGCGCUACAGGACCCCGUUUUCCUACAAUCUUACCCUGGAUGAUCAGUUGCGUGAGGAGGGAAUUUUGUUUCUCAUGUGUCACAGGUAACUAACUUUUUUAACUUCGGUGAUUUUUAGCAGCUCUCUAUCUGUACCUAUUCUCCUCAGAACAUUUUCGUUGUAGUCCUGUCGCCAAGGGGGGUACAACGGCCUCCUUAAUUCAGAUGGACUUACCCAAGUUUUUUUUUAUAUAUUUUGACCCGUAGAAUACGAAUUUUUUGGGUAACAGUUGAUCCGGAUGUCGAUAAGAUUGUUAUAGACAAAGAACUUGAGGAAUUACAUAACAGCGAUUUCUCGCAAAACAAAACAUCUUUUUGUAUUUUUUGGGUCAUUUUAAGCAAAAAAUAUGCCUACAAGUUUUUUCGUAGAAUGCAUAGUUUUCGAGAUACCGCGGUUGAACUUUCAAAAAAAAGAAAAAUUGCAAUUUUUGAACCCGAAUAACUUUUGAUUAAAAAAUAAAGUAGCAAUUCUGCUUACCGCAUUUGAAAGUGUAAGUCAAAUUAUAUCGGUUUUGAUUAUUUGCAUUGCUAAAAAUUAAUUUUUUUAUUGUUAAAAAAAGCUAUAAACACAUAGUGUUUCCCGUGCCUAAUACAUGCGUUUUAACGCAUGCUACGUAGAAAUUGCCUCGCUUGCACUUGUAGCUACUCUACCUAUUCGUUCGAUUUUAAAUGAGAAAGCAUUGAAAACAUCACUCACGCACUAGGUGUUUAUAGCUUUGUUUAACAGUAAAAUAAUAAAUUUUUAGCAAUGCAAAUAAUCAAAACCGAUAUAAUUUGACUUAAACUUUCAAAUGCGGUAAGCAGAAUUGCUACUUUAUUUUUUAAUCAAAAGUUAUUCGGGUUCAAAUAUUGCAAUUUUUCGAUUUUUUGAAAGUUCAACCACGGUUAUCUCGAAAACUAUGCAUUCUACGAAAAAACUUGUAGGAAUAUUUUUUGCCUAAAAUGACCCAAAAAAUACAAAAAGAUGUUUUGUUUUGCGAGAAAUCGCUGUUAUGUAAUUUCUCAAGUUCUUUGUCUAUAACAAUCUUAUCGACAUCCGGAUCAACUGUUACCCAAAAAAUUCGUAUUCUGCGGGUCACAAUAUAUAAAAAAAAACUUAGGUAAGUCCAUCUGAAUUAAGGAGGCCCUUGUACCCCCCCUGGCGACAGGACUAUUGGUGGUGUGGGUUAUCCAAUGUACUUUUAAGAUACUUCUAUAAAGCCAGAGCUCAAAGUCUUCUAAAUUAUUCAUGAGCGUUAUGUUGAGGCCUCCGUUCCAUACAAAAGUAUUGACCAUACAUAGCAAUGCAGAAAACGACAUCUAUGGUUAAUAUUAAGUUUACUGUUAUAAAUAUGCUUUUCAUUUUAAUAAAGCCUUCUUGGGCUACCGACAAGGUAGCCAACCGAACCACUAAUCUUAAAUAAUUAAUCAGCAUCCAGUAUGGCGUACUAAAACAACAAAUUAUUUCUGAGGUAAAGUUUAAGUAAAACUUUACCUUUCAAUUGCCAGAUGACACUAGACACCUAAUCCAUACACGUCAGUUGCAAACUUUCAUGGUAUGGUCACUUCGAGCAGAGAGCAGCAGGCCUACGCCUCUCCGGUGAUGACUCGAAUAAGAGUCGAAAAUCGUCGAUUCAGAGUGUUGCGAUGCGCUCCCUGUUCUAAGUGAAAAAUAAGAUUGUUGUGCCUUCGCAUUGCAACUGAAUAAAAAUGGUAUACAUUUUUAUUUUACUUUAAAUUAUUUCUCCUUUUUUGGAUGACAUUUCAACACAACUUCUUAGUAUUUUGGAACAAUUUUUUGUGGGUUUUAUCCCACAAUGUCUGUGAUGCCAUUCACAAUCAUUUGAUUGGUAAAAUUUCUUCUCUUGUUUUUUUUUUGUAUAGACAUGACUGUCUAUUUUUUUCAAUGUGCCUCUCGUCAUCCUUAGUACUCUAUUUGUUUUCAUUCCAUUCUACUCUUCUUUUUCUUACCCAGUUAUUAAUGGUCUCCAUCUUGCAUCUCCGUCAUAUCUACUUCUUACUCCGUACUUCUUUGAUAAAGUUUAUUUGUCCAAAUGAUCAAAUUCCAAAUUGAUGAAUAGAAGCCACAUCUAUUUGAAUGCACUCUAAAUCCAGUAGCGUACUAAUGAUUUAGUAAAACAAAAAUUUGACUACGAAAAAGUAUUGUCGUACCCUCUCAAAAUUUUUAGAAACCCUUUGAAUUUUGUCCCGAUGAACAUUUUUUUUAUUUGACAAUUAAAAAAUUGUUGAAAUCAAUCUGUAACUUCAAAUUUUACGAUGUUUUUUUUUUCGAUUUAAAUGGGUCACACUAUGUACCCAAACGGUGUCAUAUUAGAUAGUAGUUUAUUUGCACGUUGUAGUUUAUUCAGAUCACGUUUAUUUUUAUAUAGUGUUUCUCAUACAUAUAUACAUAUUUCAGUAUUAUGUAAGAUUGUUAGAGAUAAUAUUUGAAAUAAUCAAUAAACGAUCUCAGUUCCUUCUUAUUCUGGAACAGUAAUUUUAAAAAUAUUUUGAAUCGAAAGUAUGUGAUCAUUUGUAAAAUAGAAAAUGUGUUGAUGUAUUCGAUCUUGUUGACUAUUGUUUUCUUAUAUUUGGUUUAUUAUUCUGUUAUGUUUCAUUUCAUUUUCAAAUUCACAAUAAAUUCUUAGCUUUCGACUUUUUACCAAUGA